AUGAUUGAUAAUAGGAAAAGAAAAAACCCCGAGCCAGAAAUUAGACAAUUUGAAUAUCCCGACUAUUCUAACGAUGUUAUAGCAGACAGUGUUUACAAAGAUAUAAAAAAUAGAAAUAAUAUUUCAUUAAUCUUUAGAAAUGAAUUUAAAAAUGCAAGAGACGAGGACAUUCUUUAUGAUAUAGAACAAUUUGAAAUUUACUAUUCAACAAAUAAAAAGAGUUAUACAAACAUUAAACCAUCACCUGACAGAUAUGUUUAUAUUGAUCAAAUCAAUUCAGAGAAGCAUUUUUUCAUUCAAGGCAUCAUCAAAAGCCCACCCAACUCAAAGUAUAUAAAUCAAUUGAUUGUAGCGGAAAUUUCAGAGUACUCUUUACAAUAUGGGGAUAAGUCAGAAUGGUCUUUAUGGAUCCGUGUUAUCGGAGAUGAAUGGUUUAAACUUCUCCAACCCUAUGCACCAUAUUCAAAAUAUUUCUCCCCAAUGUAUUAUAGAUUUAAAACCGUAAUGUACACCACACAGCUUUUCGAAAAAGAGAAAAAAAAUAUAAACUAUAAAAAAUUAGAAAAUUAUCUAGAAAAAAAUUAUAAAGACUAUCAUAAAGAUGAUAUAUUAUAUUUCAAAGAUGAAGUCUUUAAACAUGUUAAAGAAUUUUUAAAAAUUAAUCCCACUUAUACUUUAGCAUUAGACAAAGAGAUGAAUGAAAAAAUUCAGGAAAUUGAAAGCAACAAAAACAAUAUUAAUGAUGAAAACAAUACCAUUUUAUUAAAAAAUGUAACAACAAUGAAGUUUACUCCACCAACACCAUACAACCAACCUGAUAAAUAUCAAAACGAUUUAAAUAAGGAAAUUAAAAAACUUAAAUCUGAUAUGAAACAAUAUUUCUCUAGAAGGACAUUAACAGAAAAUGAUUUAAAUGAUUUAAAUGAAAUGGAAGAAUAUGAAAUGGAGCAAAAAGAAAGAAUUGAAGAGAAAGAAAUCAUAGAGAAUUUAAAUUUUGAAACAAGGGACUUGAUGAUAUUUUCCCUUGUCGAUAAAAACACGUUAAAAAAAAACUAUAUAGGUGAUAGAAAGAUUCCAGGCACUAAAUUAGGAUAUUUUUACAACUAUGACUAUGACUUUAACUAUGAUGAUGACACAUACUUUAAAGAAUUUGUACCAGAAAAAACUCGUGACAGAGAAGAAAACGAAUCAAUUGAAGAAAAAGAGAAAUAUUUAAUUCAAACAGAUUCUUUACAAUUUUCAAAAUUACCAAAAGAAACCAUCACUUUUAAAAACUAUCAAAGUCUAUAUCUCGAUGACAAAUCCAUUGGAGUUGAAAGAUUUAAUUUUGAUUUAGAAAAGAAUCCAAAUGAAGAUCUUUUACCAUUUUUAGUUUGUAGGGUAUGUGGAGUUGCAAAACAUAUUACGGGUGCAAAUUGUGAUCCAUUACAGAAAUUAGAUAGUGAUAUGUCAAACUCAAUUCAAGAUUUUAUAUUGCAUUUAGAAAGACACCGUUCAGAUUUUCUUAGAUCAAUGUCAAAAAAACAAAGAGAUAAUAUAGACAGGUGUAUGAACUUCAACUGCCAUUUAAAUCGCUCAAGAAUAGAAACCAUCGAAUCAAACUCAUUAAAAGAACUAUAUAGCGAAACCAGUUUAAAUACUACGAAACCACGCACUCGAUCCAACCCAAUCUUUAGCUUUAACCCCUGGCCUUAA